AUGCUGGAUAUUUUCUUGGAUGGUUUCUGGCUCGGAGAAGGCGCUGGGAAAUUAAUCAAACACCUGUUGAUAAUUGCGAUGGAUCAAACGUCGUACAGAAGGUGCAAGUUUCUUGGGCUCCAUUGCUACAAGCUCCAAACGGACGGUGUUGAUUUAGUUGGAGAGAAACUGUACAUGUCUGAAGAUUUUAUCAAGAUGAUGUGGAGAAGAACUUUGUUCUUAGGUGAUGUUCUUAAGCGAGCUGACUACUACUUUCGUUCUGACCAGGACACUGAUGUAUUAUGGCUAAGAAAUCCAUUCCCAAAGUUGAGCCUGAACGAAGCUAUAGACAUGCAGAUUAGUACAGACAGAUUCAAUGGCGACCAAUUGUCCAAAGCAAAUCCCAUUAACACAGGAUUCUACAUGAUCAGAUCAAACAACAAAACUAUUCCAUUGUUUAAUAAGUGGUACGCAAAGAAAGACAAUUCUACAGGAUUAAAAGAACAAGAUGUUCUGGAGAAGUUAAUGCGCGGAGGAGAAUUUCGAAAGUUAGGCCUUAAAGUGAGGUUCUUAGAUACUGUUUAUUUUAGUGGAUUUUGUCAAAAUAGUAAGGAUGUUACGGCAUUCCAACUGUUGCCGGGGAAUUAG